AUGUACGCUGACCAGGAGGCAGGCCAAGAAGCGCCUCCGGUCCCGUUUAUCGGGUGGGCUCUGGCUCGGCCGGCAGCGACACCAACACCAACACCGACGACGGCGGCAUUAAACAGCGGCGACGGCACCAACCCCGAGUCCCCCACUACGCUUUGUGAAAUUCUUUUCUCGAUAACCUCCAUAACAACGCCAAAUUUCACAGCGACAACCGCCGCCAUGGGUAUCGAUCUCGACCGCCACCAUGUCAAGGGCACUCACCGCACUGCCCCCAAGAGCGACAAUGUCUACCUCAAGCUCUUGGUGAAGCUUUACCGCUUCCUGGCUCGCCGAACCGAUUCCUCUUUCAACAAGGUUGUUCUCCGACGUCUGUUUACGUCCAAGAUCAACCGACCUCCCGUCUCCUUGUCCCGAAUUGUCGCCAACAUCAACAAGGAGGGUGAGAAGCGAACCGUCGUUGUUGUCGGUACCAUCACCGAUGACAACCGUCUGCUCGAGUGCCCCAAGGUGACCGUCGCUGCUCUGCGAUUCACCGCUACCGCCCGUGCCCGCAUCGUCGCUGCCGGCGGUGAGGCCAUCACUCUGGACCAGCUUGCUCUCCGUGCUCCCACCGGAAGCAACACCCUGAUCCUCCGUGGCCCCAAGAACGCCCGUGAGGCUGUCAAGCACUUCGGCUUCGGUCCCCACAGCCACAAGAAGCCUUACGUCGAGUCCAAGGGCCGCAAGUUCGAGCGUGCCCGUGGCCGAAGACGCUCUCGCGGUUUCAAGGUCUAA